CAAAAGACGAUCGAAGCACGCAUGUACGUCUCUCAUCGGGCCGCACCAGAAUCCUCGAUCGUCUCCAACCAUCCAUGCAUGAGUCCGGUGGCCUGGACCGUUGCAAUUGGAGGAGGCGAGAGGUUGGACUAACAUCAUACUACCACUCCUCCUGGCGGAUCUGGCAAUCCACCUUGAUGCCCCCCGGGUGCAUUAUUGCGCUCUGCAACUGCACAUUGUCAUGCAUAUGCCUUGUUGCGGUGCAUGAUCAGCAUGGCACAGCCCAAAUCUAAGCUGAAGCGCCAAGGCUCGGGUUCAGCCGCUCCCAAAGCCUCUCUCUUCGGCUCUGUGUCGCUGAAUGCCCCAUCCACUACAGCAUUCUCCCUGGCCUCUGGCGACAAGCCGGCGGCCGCGCCACCAUCAUCCAACCCGUCGACCGCCUCCUUCUCCUUUGGCUCCGCCCCAGCAUUUACAUUCGGCACAACCGAGCCCAUCAAAAGCGAAUCUCCAACUGUUCCCACCGGGUUUUCGUUUGGGAUGACGACCGAGUCCAAGCCUGCCGCCGCGAUGUUCCAGUUCGGUUCGACAACUGAGACCCAGCCCACUGCUCCGACGCUUUCAUUCGGCGCGACAGCCGAGCCCAAGAAAGACAGCCUGUCGUCCACCGAUACCACUGCCGCUGCUGCACCUUCGUCGUUCUCUUUCGGGGCUUCUUUGGAUCCCAAGCCAGUGGCCCCCGUGUUCUCGUUCGGAUCUAGCAACGCAACAUCGGCUGCCAAGGAAUCCGAACCCGAGGGCGAUAAACCUAAACCUUUUUCGUUUGCGUUCGAGACUUCAAAGACCUUCACAGCUACAGUGCCGACAUUCGGCUUCCAGACCGCAUCCAAGUCUGACAGCGCACCAUCCCCGGUGCAAACGACCUCGGCCCCCUCGUUCGACUUCGUCCCCGCCUCUGUGCCUCCCAGUUCGACAGCGAGUACUAGGCCGUUUUCGUUUGCUCCCAAGCCCGCCGAGGUGCCUGCGAGCAAUGACAGUAUUGGCGGAAUCGGCGCCGCCACGCAAAUUAAUGGAACAUCCGUCAAUGGCUCCAGCAGCAGCGCCGACUCGACGGCGGUGACAGAAUUGGCCAAGCAGCUGCGCGGUCUCAAUGUGUCCUUUGUCGACUUCAUCAAGGCCGAGGUGGAGAAGGAUUGUUUUGUCGAUCUGUCGGAUGCCCUCGAUAGUUACAAGCAGCACAUGCAGACAAUUACCAAGGCACAUGCCAGCACCAUCUCGGCUCUCAAGGACGAUCCUGCUGGCUCCAAGCUUGUUCCCAAAGCGGCAGCUUCCGGCGGAUCGGAGCAAAAGACCGGCUCCUUCAACUUUGGCUCUACGACCAGCACUGCUGCUGCCCCGUCCGCCACGACCUCGUUUUCAUUCGCAACGACCACCGCUUCGACCCUGUUCUCCACGAUCGCUGCUCCAGCCUCGUCAGAGCCACCAAAGCUCUCGACGACGUCCGCGGCAGUUCCCCCCACGACCUUUUUCUCCGGUUUUGGUUCCGGGCCAGCCUCGACCAUCUCGUUUGGCGGCCCUGCUCCCACAGCCUUUGUGGCUGGUGGUGAUGCUUCCAAGACUACGGCGGGUGACCAAGCUGGCGAUGACGACGAGCCUGCACCAGACGCUCAGAUCGACACCAGCACCCUGAUGCAAGGCGAGGGCGAGGAACAGGACGAAGUCUUCCAUGAGGUUCGGAGCAAGCUCUUCCGCUUCAGCAAAGAUAAAUCAUGGGAGAACAUCGGCAUCGGCCCGCUCAAGAUCAACAAGAACAAAUCCUCGGGCAAAGCGAGACUGCUGCUCCGUGCGGAUGGCAACGGACGCGUGCUGUUGAAUGCCAGUAUCUUUGCAGGCAUGCAAGCCAAGGCCGAAGGCAAGGCCGUAACGUUCACUGUGGCUGCGGUGGGUGAGGACAAGAAGCCCGAGCUUGUGAAGUAUAGUGCCCGGGUGAAGACUGAGGACAUGGCCAAGGCACUUGUCGACGCGAUCGCCUCCAGCCAAUAAUAGGGAGCAGCCUUGGAGCCUCCGCAGAUAGCCAAUAAACACCAAAUUCGGCACCGA